GAUGAAUUUACAGAACAAAAUACGAUUCCCCCAGCGGGUCACAACUAAGCAAGCAGCUCUGCUCUUCAAUGGCGGAACCCAAAACAAAAUACGAUCGCCAGCUUAGGAUUUGGGGUGAACAAGGGCAGGCAGCCCUUGAAAAAGCCAGCAUUUGUUUACUUAAUUGUGGACCUACUGGUUCUGAGACAUUGAAAAAUCUUGUUCUUGGUGGAGUUGGAAGCAUCACUGUUGUUGAUGGAUCUAAAGUUGAAGUGGGGGAUCUUGGAAAUAAUUUCAUGGUGGAUGAAUCAAGUGUUGGACAACCAAAGGCCAAGACUGUUUGUUCAUUUCUACAAGAGCUAAAUGAUGCUGUUAAAGCAAAGUUUAUUGAAGAGCAUCCAGAGACACUUAUUGACACAAAUCCUUCAUUCUUUUCUCAGUUUACUUUGGUUGUAGCUACUCAGCUGGUGGAGGAAUCAAUGGUGAAACUUGAUAGAAUCUGUAGAGAAGCAAAUGUGAUGUUGAUUUUUGCUCGCUCCUAUGGCCUUACUGGUUUAGUUCGAAUCAGUGUGAAGGAACAUACUGUGGUUGAGUCAAAGCCUGAUCACUUUUUAGAUGACCUUCGGCUGAAUAACCCAUGGCCUGAGCUUGUGAG